ACCUAGCGGUUGGGAUCGGUACAGUCUCAGAAUCAGACGUAACAUCAUUUUUCUUAAAACAACAUAGCCUAUGUUAUUCCAGAGAUAGCAAGGAAGCUAUUGUUCAAAUGUGGUAUCAAUCGAUCGAGUAGUUUUUGAAAUUUUUGUGUACAUAGAAACAAACGCUAUCUCUUUAUAUAAUAGUAAAAAAAAAAGUAAGAUAAGAUAAGAUAUGUUAUUUUGUUUCAUAUCUAUUUUCAUAUCCGCGAUCACUUCUGAAACAACAUUACUCGAAAUAAUUGCGAAAUAAUACUCCAAAUAAUAUGAUCUCAAAAGUACCCAGGUCUGAUAGCCAGUAUUAUUAUAUUUAUUUAUUCUUGAAAGAUGAAUUGAAAAAUGAAACUCGUACAAAUUGCAACAUUUAUAGUAACGAUAAUUUAAGUUGCAGGAAGAGUUCUGCGAACGAGCCAAUCGAGAACAGCGAAACCGAAAUCCUUAAAACAAUGGAAAACGAGGCAACGGAUCAUUCGAAUAAUAAUUUGAAGGAUGUCGCUGUGGAAGCUAUCGCUUCGUUUUCAAGGGGUGCAAUUCCUGAAUUAAAAACAGAUAAAUCAAUAGGAUCGCAUUUAGCCCAGGAUAAGGCGGGAGUACCUGCACAAUCGAUUAGUAAUGUUAUCCACGUCUCACCGUCUGACUCUUUACGCGAUUGCGCGUCUCUCGAGUCCUCUCCCAAGAACGUUUCGAAAAUCUCAUCUAAUGCAGCAACUCCCAAACGCGAAUUCAACAAAAUCGAACAAUUGCGGCAAACGAGUAACUGUCUAAACGGUGACCUCGGCGAAAUAACGAAUCGAAGAGUUUUGUACCACGGUAACGUAAUCGAAAAGGAAAAAAUUUUGGCGGACUUGUACGACGAUGUCCAUAUGAAACUUUUAUUUUCUACAUUGGACACGAAUUGUUCGAACGCGGUCGAUCAGGAUUAUAGAACGUCCAACAGCGUAUCUUCGGUAAAAUUAAAUAAAGUCGAAGCAUUGUCGUCAGACACCUCGCGUUCCGAAGGGGAAUUAUGCAUGGCAAGUUCCGGUUCUUAUUCCCUAGGAGAAGUUAAGGUAUUAAGUACAGACGCGCGUGACAAUAGCGUAACCGUUUUCGUCACGAAAGAAAUGUUAAAUUCCUGGAAUGAAUCUUCGAAGUCGUUGAUACAAAGUAUGGGAGAAAUUUAGGGUUGCUGAUUUGACGGAGAACGCGCUAUCGAGAAUACGUUAGAAUAAAGUAUAUUCAUAUACAUUUGCUCUUUAAAUGAACUUGCAUAAAAAAAAAUUUAAUAAUGGUACCAAUGCACUGUACAUAAUUAUAGCUCUAAGCAAUGAUGUUAUACGAACAAGAACAUCACGAACGUUAUGUAUAAUUAUAGAAAAGUAAUAAAAC